AUGGAACUAGGGAAUAACACCCAAAUUUCAGAAUUUCUCCUGCUGGGAUUAUCAAAAGAACUGAAGUUACAACUUCUCAUAUUUGGGCUUUUUCUCUCCAUGUACGUCAUCACUGUGUUGGGAAACCUCCUUAUCAUUGUAGCCGUCAUCUCAGACCCUCACCUCCACACCCCCAUGUACUUCUUCCUCUCUAACCUGUCCUUUGUGGACAUCUGCUUCACCACCACCACCAUCCCCAAGAUGCUGGUCAACAUCCAGACACAGAGCAAAGCAAUAACCUAUGAAGGAUGCAUCACUCAGUUGUAUUUUUUCAUACUCUUUGGAUUACUGGACAUCUUCCUCCUGACUGUGAUGGCCUAUGACCGCUACGUGGCCAUCUGCCACCCCCUCCACUACAUGGUCAUCAUGCAUCCCCGCCUGUGUGGACUCUUGGUGCUAGUGUCCUGGAUCAUCAGUGUCCUGGAUUCCUUGUUACAAAGCUUAAUGGUGUCGCGACUGUCCUUCUGUGCCACAUUGGAAAUCCCCCACUUUUUCUGUGAACUCAAUAAGAUGAUUCAACUUGCCUGUUCUGACACUUUUCUUGAUAACGUGGUGGUUUAUGUUCUAUCAGUUCUGGUUGGUGGUGGUCCCCUCACUGGGAUCCUUUAUUCUUACUUUAAAAUAGUUUCUUCCAUACGUGGGAUCUCAUCAACUCAGGGAAAGUAUAAGGCAUUUUCCACUUGUGUGUCUCACCUCUCCGUUGUCUCUUUGUUUUACUCUACAGUUCUUGGUGUGUACUUUAGCACUGCUUCUUCCCACAGCUCACACUCGAGUGCAAUAGCCUCUGUGAUGUACACUGUGGUCACACCCAUGUUGAACCCCUUCAUUUACAGUCUGAGGAACAAAGACAUAAAGAGGGCCCUGAAAACAUUCUUUGAGAAGAAGCCACAAAAACACUAA